CUCUCACCCUCCCUCUUCUCCACAUCUCUACUCCCCUGGUCUCUCAGCUUUCCAGCCUACUCAACUCUCUCAAAAUGGUCUUGAUCAAAACCACUCUCUCGGCCGCUGCCUUCGUGGCCGUCGUCGCUGCCGCGCCCUCCCCCGCCGAGCCCCGCUCGUCCACCGCCGCUGCCAUGCGUCCCCCGACGGAGGCCUUUGUGGCCGGCCACCACGGGCAUCAUUUGCACCCGCGCCCCGUUGCUGACGAGAGAAUCCAUGCUCUCUUCAGACCGGAUCAGCUUCCUUGCCACGUGGCGGGCGUUGCUGCCUGCGUUCAGAACGUGGAGAAAGAUCUCUUUGCGUGCAAGGACCACGACGUUAACUGCCAGUGCGAGGCGCUCAUCCAGCUCGAGCUUUCCUGUUACGGCAUCUGUCCCCAGUCGCAAAUCCUUGAGGAAGUCGCGACCUCGAUCUCCCAGGUCUGCAACAAAAUCGCGAUGGGCUCCGAUGGCGUGAUGUCGGUCUCGGAUAAUGACGACAAGAUGCCGGACAGCUACGUCGCUGAGGAAGACAAGGCUCUUUUGGGCUUCAACGCCUCUGACCAGCUCGAGCUUGAGAGCUCGGAGGAUGAGGAUCUUGGACUUGGCGUUGAUUCUGAGGAAGAGUCGGCUCCUGCUGAGGCUGCGGAAGAGAACUCGUCUGGCCCUCAUGAUGUUUCUGAGGAUCUCGACUAUGGCGUGCCUGUCUCUGAAGAGAAAGAGUCUGCCUCUGUUGGAGAGACUGUUGAGGAGUCUGCUGAAGAGCCUGCCGCUGAGCCUGCCGCUGAGCCUGCCGCCGAGCCCGCCGAAGAGGCCGAGCCCGCUAUGCCCGCGACCGAAGCCGGCGCGGCAGCCAUGUCUCCUGCCGCGACGCCCGCGUCUGAGCCCGCAGCCACUGUUCUUGUCGACGAGGCGCCUACCACCCCUCUUGCUGUGUUUGUCCCGAUGACUACUGUUCUGACUGAUUCUGAUGGCCCUGUGACUGUUGAAUACCCGCACCUCGCGUCCGCCACUCCCGCGCCUGUUCCGCGAUCUGUUGCCGCCGACGACGACGCGCAGGCAAUGACAUACCCCAACGCGACCGCCUCGUUCACGAACGAGACCAUGUAUGAUGCCGACGACGACGUCGACGCCGAAGACGACAGCAGCGACGACAGCUACGUGCCCAAGCGCAACAGAACCAAGACGCACGACCGCCCGCUGUUCAUGAACCGCACCGCCAACGGCACGCUCGCGUACGACAACUCGACGGGGAACUACAGCAGCAACAGCACGCUACCGAUCUUUGAAGGCGCGGGCGGGUCGAAGUACAGUUUCAACAAUAUGGUCGCGACCACGCUCUUUGUCGGCACCGUCACUUUUGUCGCGCUCGUCUUUAUCUGAUGAGGAUGGGGUGUUGUUGCAUCUUUUUUAUUCCCUGUUGUAGAGUUUUGAUGCUGUGAAGGCUUACCCAUAAAGUUCUGUAUAUUCUUUGAUGUUCUGCAUUCGGAC